AUCCGACGAUGCAUGUUCAUCAACAGUGAAAAUUUACUUCUGCUUUUCCGAUCGACAGUUUAGUCAGGCAAGAUAAAAGAAAAAGUUGUUCUUUAGGAUUAUAUUUACAAAUGUUAUUUAAGGAUAACGAUCAAAGUUCAAAGAAAAACGAAUCCGUAAUUGAAGUUAUUCAAGUUGGUCAUCGACUUUUGAACUUGUACUUCACUAAAAUGUUGCUAACAUUUUUAAUCGCUAUCGUAGUUCUUACGAUGGUCCCAUUUGAAAAAUACGUCACAGGUUCAAAUCUACAACAGAAUAACUUGUCGUCUGACAAACCAAUUUUCGAUAGGUUUUCGAGAGUAAAAAAUCGUGGAAACAAAACUAUUUUGAUAUGGAACAGUGCACAUCGGAUCGAAACGGCCGCAUUUGGAUUUGGUUACCAGCCCUUUAUUCAACAUGGAUGCGAAGUUUCUGACUGCGUCGUUUUCGACUAUGCAACAACACCAGAAUUAUUGCCUCUCGAAGAUUACGAUGCUAUCAUUAUUCACAUGCAUGAGCUGUGGUUAACACAACUACCAGAAUUUAAGAGACAAGCGCAUCAGCGCUUAAUUUUUUUAACACAGGAAUCGCCUACCACCAUGCCAAUCGACAUAACUGAGUUUGGUAAUUACUUCAACUGGACCAUGAGUUACAGACUUAAUUCGGAUGUUCAAUUACCCUACGGUAGAGUUUCACCGCGUCCGACAGCACCCACAACUGCAGACGAAACACGAAAAAUGAUUGAGGAAACGCAUCUUUCAUCAACCAAAAACUACGCUGCCAACAAGACCCAGCCAGUCGGUUGGAUGGUGUCUCAUUGUGAUACUAACAGUUUGCGAGAGACUUACGUUCGUCAGCUUAGUAAAUUCAUCCCUGUCGAUGUUUAUGGCGAAUGCGGUAAUUUGAGUUGUCCCAGGAAUCAUGACCAUUGGUUGUCUUAUCCGGAAUGUUACACCAUGCUGGAGGAGAAAUACAAAUUCUAUUUGUCGUUCGAAAAUUCAAUCUGCACCGAUUACGCCACGGAAAAAUUUUUUGAGAUUCUGAAGCACAAUAUGAUUCCGGUCGUCUACGGAGGGGCCAACUAUAGCCAGAUCGCACCACCCCAUUCCUACAUUGACGCAAUGGAUUUUACUCCGGAGAAACUGGUCGAGUACCUGAAACUUGUUGAUUCCAACGACACGCUCUACAAUGAGUAUUUCUGGUGGAAGGAUCACUAUGAGGUAGAGGCUGGAGUGGAUCAAAUGGCUAGCCACGGUUUCUGCGACUUGUGCAAGAAACUUCAUCAAGAUCAUGGUGUAAACAAAUUCUACACUGAGUUAGUAUCAGAAUGGGAUCCGAAUAAUAAGUGUAAGCUCAUGAAUUCUUGGAAAUGAAAUUCUCAAAAUAUAAAUAUCCUAUAAAAGUCUAAAUACUUUUCCCUACAUUGUUAUUCAAGCUCAUAAAAUUUAAUACACAUGUUUUGCUGUUUG